AUAGCUUGGAUGUCCCACAAUAAUAAGCGAUACUAUUAAUAAGUAAAAAAGUCAUAGAUUAGUACUAUUAAUAGUAGUAUAUGAUAUUAUUUAUAGCAAGCUGUAAUCGCAAAGUGUCAUGGAGUACAUUGUCGUGCGCGCUUGCUUCACCAUAGGAAUCGUCCAAAUGGGGCCAAGGUCGACGAGACCAGCACGGGUUGUUCCCGAACAAGCGCAGGACGAACGAACGACGCCCGACGCCGCAGCAUCGGCACCUCCAGCACUGGCACUUGGCUGCACAUUUGGGUUUGUGGGAUGCAAUUUGAUUGAGCGACUUUUGGGCAGCAUGGCACCAUGGACGGUUCGUGGCGUUCGUUGAUGUAGAUGUGUGUGGUGUCUCCUUGGACUUGCGUCACGUAUGUAUGGCCGUUGACGUGGACAUGGAUCGUAUGCGGCUUCUCGGGUGAUGCAUCGGCAGUGGCGACACUGGGUGCCGUCACCGUGGGCAAGAUCGACGAAGCUUCUUGAGUGUCUGGAGCGAUUGAUGGCAAAGAUGGCUUCGUUGUGGACGUGUCGUGGUUUGCCACUGGCUCCGACGUGGACAUGUUGUCGACUGGGGAUUCUACUUGUUCGUCGUCGUUGCCGUUGCUCAUAAGAUCGUCCACAUGCUCGUGGCCUGGGAAGGAUUCUGUUUCGACGUUGCCUUGGCUCGAGGUUGCGCCUUCGUCUACCAUUUCCACGAGCUCAAAGUCAUCACCGACGCUGGACGUUUCCGUCGUCGUGUCGUCCUCAGAAACAGCAACGGGAGCUUUGUUAUGGCGAGUUGUACGAGUACACGAAUGGACAAAGUGGGUCAAGCUGUCGCUCUCAAUCGACAUCGUGUCUGCCAUCAAGAGCAGCUCUUGGAUCUUCUUUACGACCGCCUUUCGUUCUUGACGGAUUGUGGCAACCCCUUCGCUGAGGAUGAGGUCGAUGUCAAACAGCAGCUUGGUAAGGUCCUCCGCUUGGACAAGGACACGGUGGCAGUACUGUUUCAGCGACAACUUGGCUUGACGAAGUCCCAACUCAAUGCGAUCGUUGUCUUCUUUCCACACGGAGCACGCGAGCCACUUCUUCGCGGCAGCGGUGGCAGCUACGAGCUUCCGUUGGUUUGGCAAUCGGCGGACGAGGACUUCUUCAAUGUCGCUUGCGCGUUUGGCGACGCUCUGGAGCUGACUUAGCGCUUUGUUUGGGCUGGUUGUUGAUGAUUCCAUGAUGAGAGAAGUUUGAAAAUGGCGAAAAUGCAUCGCGUGGUGACCUUGUCG